AUGAAAUUAUUAAAAAAUUCUACAAGUCGAUCAAAUUCACAAUUUGGACAAAAUUGUAAUACUGAAUAUACUAUAACUUGUAUUAAAAUGGAUAUUAUUGGAUUUAUUGAGAAAUUAUCGGGACGUAAAGAAUUUUCAAUAUUGCCUGGUAUUAGUGUUGUACGUGAAAUAAAAGAGAGCGAUCCAAAAACAAUUGAUAUUAUUUCUGAAAUAUCAAGAAGCUUUCCAAAUGAUGCCGAUAAAAGGUUAGAUGGUUAUAUAAUAACAAAAUUGGGUAAUUUUUUACAAUCAUUAUCAUUACGUUUCAAAUUAUCGGAUAAUUCAGAAAUAGAAGAUGCUAAAUCUGAAUUUGCUGGACGUAGAAGUAAUAAAAUUGGUAAAAAAGGUGGUUUAGAAGCAAUUAUUGCAGCUGGUAUGAUGAUGAAAGGAAUGUUAUUUACCAUAGCGAUGGGUGCUUUAGCUGCUUUAGCUGGUAAAGCAUUAAUGACCGGUUUAAUGGCAUUAAUGUUAUCAGCUAUUGUUGGACUUAAAGCAUUAACAUCUGGUGGACAUAAAUCAACAACAUAUGAAAUUGUUGCUAAACCAGUACAUCAAGUUAGUCACUCGCAUUCAGUUAGCCAUGAAGAUUUUCAUGGUGGACAUGGUCAUAGUGGUCAUGGUGGUCAUGGUUAUAGCGGUUAUGGAAGAUCAUUUAAUAUUGUAUUGCCAGAUCAUUUAAAAGAUCCAAAUAUUAAAUAA